AUGUCCAAAGUGAUCCAGAAGAAGAACCACUGGAGCAGCCGGGUGCACCAGUGCUCGGCCCGGCGGGCGGGCGGCGGCCGGCCGGGGCUGCCCCUGCUCGGGGGCGCGGAGCACGGGCAGUUCCCCUACGUGGGGGCGGAGGAGGAGGAGGGGGGCGGCCCGCCGGUGCUGGCCGGGGGCGAGGAAGGGGGACUCAGCCCCGGGGAGCUGCUGCUGGAGGUGCAGGGGGUCCGCGUGUCCGGCUUGCCCCGCUACGACGUGCUGGAAGUGAUCCGGAGCUGCACGGAGCCCAUCGCGGUCAAAGCCGUCAGACCAGGAAGUAGACUGAACAAAGAUCUGAGGCAUUAUCUCAACCAGAGGUUUCAGAAAGGAUCUCCAGAUCACGAGCUGCAGCAGACAAUUAGAGAUAACCUUUAUCGCCAUGCUGUGCCUUGCACAACCCGUCCUCCACGAGAAGGAGAAGUGCCUGGUGUGGACUAUAACUUUCUGACUGUGCAGGAGUUUCUGGACCUUGAGCAGAGUGGAACUCUUCUUGAAGUAGGAACAUAUGAAGGUAACUAUUAUGGAACACCCAAGCCUCCCAGCCAGCCCGUCAGUGGGAAAGUGAUUACCACUGAUGCUUUGCAAAACCUUCAGUCCAACUUCAAGCAGUCGACUCCAAAACGAACCAAGUCUUAUAAUGAUAUGCAAAAUGCUGGCAUAGUGCAUACGGAGAAUGAGGAUGAGGAUGACGUCCCUGAAAUGAACAGUAGCUUUACAGCAGAUUCUGGUGACCAAGACGAGCACAAUAUACAUAGUAUAAGAGAAACAGCGCCACCUCCUGUGAAUAAUAGCAUCACCGCCGUUCCCACCACGGAACCAUCUCAGAAGCUCCCUCAAUACCUACCUCCUUCUGCAGAGGAAAACCUAGGUCCUCUACCUGAAAACUGGGAGAUGGCCUAUACUGAGAAUGGAGAAGUCUAUUUUAUAGACCAUAAUACUAAAACAACAUCUUGGCUAGACCCACGGUGCCUGAACAAACAGCAGAAGCCACUAGAAGAAUGUGAAGAUGAUGAAGGGGUACACACGGAGGAACUGGACAGUGAACUAGAAUUGCCUGCUGGUUGGGAAAAGAUUGAGGAUCCUGUAUAUGGAGUCUACUAUGUAGACCACAUUAACAGGAAGACACAAUAUGAGAAUCCAGUUCUGGAAGCAAAACGGAAAAAACAGCUUGAGCAGCAGCAACAACAACCAGAAGAAUGGACAGAAGAGCAUCCAUCUCUUGGUCCACCGGCUGUUCCAAACCAUGCUCCAAACACCCAAGAACCAGUUCGAGAAGCACCAGUACAAGGAAAACCAUUUUUCACGCGAAACCCUUCAGAGUUGAAAGGGAAGUUCAUCCACACCAAGCUGAGGAAAAGCAGCAGGGGGUUCGGCUUCACUGUGGUCGGAGGGGACGAACCAGAUGAAUUUCUCCAAAUCAAGAGUUUGGUGCUUGAUGGCCCUGCUGCCCUGGAUGGCAAAAUGGAGACAGGAGAUGUUAUAGUCAGCGUGAAUGAUACCUGUGUGCUGGGACAUACACAUGCUCAAGUUGUAAAAAUCUUCCAGUCCAUUCCCAUCGGUGCCAGUGUGGACCUUGAACUGUGUCGAGGUUACCCUCUGCCCUUUGACCCCGAUGACCCCAACACAAGCCUGGUGACGUCUGUGGCAAUUCUAGAUAAAGAACCGAUCAUUGUGAACGGGCAGGAAAAUUAUGAUUCUCCAGCAAGCCACAGUAGUAAAACGGGGAAAGUAAAUGGCUUGAAGGAGCAACGGCCAAGUAGUCCAGCUGAAGUCUCUUCAAAUGGAUCCCAUGGUUACCCCAACGAUACUGUCUCUUUGGCUUCUUCUAUAGCAACACAGCCUGAACUCAUAACUGUACAUAUAGUGAAAGGGCCCAUGGGCUUUGGUUUUACUAUAGCAGACAGUCCUGGUGGUGGGGGCCAAAGAGUGAAACAAAUUGUAGACAGCCCCAGGUGCCGAGGCCUAAAAGAAGGGGAUCUUAUCGUUGAAGUGAAUAAGAAGAAUGUGCAAAACCUCACUCACAACCAAGUCGUGGAUAUGCUGAUUGAAUGUCCUAAAGGAAGCGAAGUCACAUUACUUGUGCAACGAGGAGGAUUGCCAGUCCCAAAGAAGAGCCCAAAGUCGCAACCACUUGAAAGGAAAGACAGCCAAAACAGUUCCCAGCAUAGCGCCUCUAGCCACCGCAGCACGCACACGGCUUCACCCAUCCAUACCACUCAGGUGCUUCCCGACUACCCUGCCACUGAAGCACCAGCUGUGGAGCAGCCGGACAACUCUGGACAGAAGAAGCCGGAUCCAUUCAAAAUCUGGGCCCAGUCCAGGAGCAUGUAUGAAAGCCGACUUCCAGAUUAUCAAGAACAGGAUAUCUUUCUAUGGCGAAAGGAAACGGGCUUUGGGUUUAGGAUUCUAGGUGGAAAUGAGCCUGGAGAACCUAUUUACAUUGGUCACAUUGUACCAGUAGGCGCUGCUGAUGCCGAUGGUCGUCUGAGAUCUGGAGAUGAACUGAUCUGUGUGGACGGAACACCUGUUGUCGGAAAAUCUCACCAGCUUGUAGUCCAGCUUAUGCAACAGGCUGCCAAGCAAGGUCAUGUCAAUCUAACUGUAAGGCGCAAAGUGGUAUACACAGUUCCAAAAGCAGAGAACGAAGUCCCUUCUCCAGCCUCUUCACACCACAGCAGUAACCAGCCAGCUUCCCUGACGGAGGAAAAGCGGACCCCGCAGGGAAGCCAGAACUCCUUAAACACUGUGAGCUCGGGCAGCGGCAGCACCAGCGGCAUUGGCAGUGGCGGGGGCGGGGGAAGCGGCGUGGUCAGCACAGUGGUGCAGCCGUACGACGUCGAAAUCCGCCGGGGAGAAAAUGAAGGCUUUGGCUUUGUGAUUGUGUCCUCAGUUAGCAGGCCCGAGGCAGGGACAACUUUUGCAGGAAAUGCAUGUGUGGGCAUGCCUCACAAAAUAGGUCGGAUAAUUGAGGGGAGCCCCGCAGACCGCUGUGGCAAGCUGAAAGUAGGAGACCGGAUCUUGGCUGUUAAUGGAUGUUCCAUCACCAACAAGUCGCAUUCAGAUAUCGUCAACUUAAUUAAAGAAGCAGGAAACACUGUUACUCUGCGCAUCAUUCCAGGGGAUGAAUCCUCCAAUGCUACUUUACUGACCAACGCUGAAAAAAUUGCUACGAUUACAACCACACAUACUCCUCAGCAGAUACUCCAGGAGCCCAGGAACAACACAAAACCAAAGCAGGAAUCCCAGUUUGAUUUCAAACCGCCUCAGGCAGCACAGGACCAAGAUUUUUACACUGUUGAACUGGAAAGAGGAGCCAAAGGAUUUGGCUUUAGCCUGCGAGGUGGCCGAGAGUAUAAUAUGGAUCUCUAUGUGUUGCGGUUAGCUGAGGAUGGUCCAGCUGAGAGGUGUGGAAAGAUGAGGAUUGGCGAUGAAAUUCUAGAGAUCAAUGGGGAAACCACAAAGAACAUGAAGCAUGCUCGGGCCAUAGAACUGAUUAAAAAUGGUGGCCGCAGAGUCCGCUUGUUUCUGAAACGUGGAGAUGGCUCUGUACCAGAAUAUGGUGGGUCAAACUAUGAAAACAUUCCUUUCUUUCCUGGCAUCACUCCAUGAAUGAUUUGUCUCAAGAUCUGAAGCAGGGAUGCUUUUUAUUUUCCUUUCUCACCAGUGUCUUGCCAACCUUUGCAACAUAUGGUUAAUUGCCUCGCUUGUGCUGAAUUUUCUACACAUUUCAUCCUUUGCUUGCUUCCAUGGACUUGGGCACAGUGUAAGGCAAGAUCAUCAAAGCAGUAUUUUUGGUGAUCAGAGACAAAAAACAAAAACCUUAUUGUCUUGUCCAACCAAACAAGGAGUUUUACUGAGCUGUGCCAAACUGUUUCUCAGCAGUUGAAUUGUUAUCUCAAAAUAACUCUCUUCCUCUAAUCAAUACCAAAAAAAAAAAAAAAAAGGGAAUUUUGAAUCCAUAGUUUAUUGUUAGGCUUUUUCCUUAGUUUUUCUGUAUCCUUGGGCAUGAAUGCAAGAAAGCUAAUGGGUUUUGCCUUCAGCUAAUAUGUAAAUAUUUAUAAAGUUAUUUCAAAAUGUUUAUGCAAAAAUAGAUGAAUUUGGCCCUUACAGGUCCUUUUUCCCCCUUAAAAUAUCUGUUGGUAUCAAGUCAUUAAUUUGUAAAUUCUGAAAAGAUUAGGAGGUUAUGAAAAGGUUUCUAGAAUCUGUCUUGAGGGAAAGGUGCUACUUUUCCUUUUCUGCUGAGGUUUGCAGUAGAAGUCCUUUUCUACACCUGUCUGUUGUAGCUGAUUAGUGAGAGUAGUGAGUGGCUUAGCAUAGUGUUCUAUUUAAUAUUAUUAUUAUGCCUUAUUUAUUUGAGAUAAUUGUGGAAAACUAUGCCCUCAAUGUAGGGCUACUCCCAACCAAAGUUCUUUGAAGUUUCUAUAGAAACUGAUGUUUGAAGGGAUGUCCUUUAUACUUUUUCCCCCCUUAUCUGGGAUUUUGUUGUGUCAGUAAGUUCUAAGUCUUUCACUCCAUUACCUAAAAACAAAACAAAAAACAACAUUCCGCACAAUUCAUGAACUAGUUUUUUUAAUUUACUGUACCAUGUUCAAGAGUUUCCACUAUCUGCUCAUAAAUCAGAAUUGAACCUAAAUGUCUGACCAAAUCAGAAUAUAGAUUUCAAACAAGAAAGGAAAUUGUCGGUUUACACGUUUGUAAUAUAAACCGCCCACCAGAAGGUUGAACAAUAGUGCUGAAAUUAUGUAAUGUUUUUUCUACUUUUGUCUUUUCCUACUCCUUUCAAUGUACAGUACUGUAUCAUAUGCUAGACGUAGUAAAUGUCCUGUAAAUUGCGUGCUUCACUUCUUAAAGCAUAUGUCUGCUGCACUGAGGAUGAAAAUCCAAUACUAGUUUUCUUUUGGCUAAUAAUACAUUAAACUGCUAAAUAUAUAGUUUUCAAGCAAGUAUUUAACAUGCAGGGGCUGCACUUGUUAUAAAUAAAUAAAUACAUAUAUAUAUAUAUAUAUAUAUAUAUUUACACGCAUACACAUUUGUAACAUUUUGGGCUUAAUUUCGUCAGUCGCAAGUGGUUACUUGGAUAAUGUGAAGUUCCAGUAUUUUUCAGAAUUGGUUGGAAAGUGCUCCUAUCUGAGGCUGUAUAUUUUUGUAAUGAGUUUUGUACUUAUUUUUAAUGUUGUGGUCUUUGGUGGACUUUAUUUUUUUGUUGUUGUUUGAUUGUUAAUGGUUUUUCUAUGACAUUCUGUGUCGCUGUUCCGACUGUCUUUUAAAAUGGAUGCAUCCGUUGUCUGGGUUACUGAAUCACCUUUUAGAUGUCUAAUUAUGUCACUAUAAUAACAACUGUCAUCUUUGCAGCCUUACUCUUGGGUGAUGCCUAGACAA